CCACAUUUGGCGGCGUUAGUUGCGGAUUGGUGGGACUCUCAAAUGGCAAACGCUUCAGCCAGUGGGGCCAAGUCGUUAGGCUAAGCCCCACCCCCAGCCCGUCCUGGGGCUUGUGGUCGAAGCAUGUUCGAGGCGGGUGGGACGCCGCGGGCGGCGCUGACGCUGCAGCUGGGCAGUUACGCGGGGUUCGUGGGCGCGCACUGGUGGAACCUGCAGGAUGCUGCGUUGCGCUGCGAAUCAGAAGUGCAUGAGCAGGAGCACAAGGUCUGCCCCGAUGUGCUGUACCGGGCUGGGCGGACCCUCAGUCGGCAAGAGACAUACACACCUCGACUCAUCCUUAUGGACUUGAAAGGAAGCCUGAACUCUCUGAAACAAGAGGAAUGUUUAUAUGGGGACAUGAAAAUAGACACCUCGGUAGCAUGGCAGGGUAAUCUGAUGACUCAUCACGAAGACCCUCCUGCAAAGAACCUUUUUCUACAGGACCUCAGCAAACUGGAGGGAGGCAUGUCCUCUGAUGGAGACUUCAGUCCCAGAGCUCUUCCUCUCAGUAAAGAUGCAUCUCAGCUCCCUACACAGUUGCAUGUUUCCCAAAAGGGUCACCAGUUGGAAGGCAGUGUGCGGGUUUGGUCUGAUUACCUCCGAGUGCGUCUGCAUCCUAGAAGCAUCUUCAUGAUACAUCAGUACAACGAUGAUGGAGAGUCCAGUCAACUCGAAGCCUUUGGACAAGGUGAAAGCCUCCUGCACGACCCCACUUACCUAGAGGAGCUGGAAGAUAGAUUGCACUUCUAUGUGGAAGAGUGUGAUUACCUGCAGGGUUUUCAGAUUCUCUGUGACUUGAACAAUGGAUUUUCUGGAGUUGGAGCUAAGGUGACAGAACUUCUCCAUGAUGAGUAUUCAGGGAGAGGAAUCCUGACAUGGGGACUGACUCCAGUCAUUGAUAAUGUUGGGGUGUCCUGGAAGGAUUUUUACAGGCUGAUGAACACAGUCCUGGGAAUUGUCUAUCUUUCCAGUCACAGCUCACUCUUUUGCCCACUGUCACUCAAUGGAAGUCUGGGACUCAAACCAGAAGCCCCUGUUACACUCCCAUAUGUACAUUAUGAUGCCUCUCUAAACUAUCACAGCAGUGCGAUCUUGGCAACAGCAUUGGAUACCCUCAGUGCUCCAUAUAGACUCCAUUCCUCCCAGUUCUCCAUGGUACAGCUUGCUGAUGCAUUUAACAGCUCUGGGAGAAAGGUUGUGGCUGCAGGAGCUGCUGUGCCCUUUCCUAUGGCAUAUGGUCAGUCUCUCCCAGAUGCUUUGUGCAGCUACCAGCUUGCAGUGCCAUGGACACCAUUGUCUUCAUGUGGGGAGCAAAAGGACAGCUGCUGUUUUGCUCAGUCUGUUGUGCUGAGAGGAAUUGGCAAAGAAAAUCAUAUCAGUAAUCUUCCUCCAGGGUCACAACCCAAGUCUGCCCUCCAUGUUUGUGAAACCGGAGAGGAGGUUCUGGGAAGUUACUUACAUGCUCGGUGCCCAGGGACAUUCAGCACCUCAUAUUUGCUUCAGGGCCCAUGUAAAGUGUUAGCCCCAUACCCCCAAUUUUUCUCUGCUCUUCUAAACAAGCAAGGUUUCCUCCUGGACAAGCUUCCCAGCUGUGCAACAGUUGAAAGCAUUCCUGUCCUAACAGCACUACAAUCAUCACCUACUCUGCACAGUGCUCUCUACAGUUUAUAUAAGGAGCUGCACCGAGUGGAUGUACGGCGCUGGGCUAGCUUUUUCUCUGCAGGCAUUGAACUUCAUGAUUUUCAGGAGGCCCUACAUGAGCUAAGAACGCUGUCCCAAUGCUAUAAAACAAGCUCUGAGUUGGAUGAAUCUGAGGAUGAAGCAGACUCAGACUAACUCUACUGCCUAUCACUUUAGGAAGAAGAGAAACUUAAAAAAAAAAUCAGUGUUGAACUAGGGCACUGACUUUAAAGAAUAAAAUGUUACUGCAAAUUAAGUGACAAUUGUGCUCCAUCUUGUUACACAAAGAGAGAGGGUGGCUUUAGAUACCUG